AUAUAAGUUUCUGAAACUCUUACACAUAGGGUGCAAAGGGCAGAUAAUAAAUACCUAACCUUAGACCGUAGCCUUUACAUCUAGGAAACUUAAAGAUUCUCUUGUAAUACUACCAACUCUCUGCAUAAUGAUGUUCGUUAUUCUGUUCUCCUCGCUCUUCGCUUCGGCGAGCUUAACGUCAGCCGCAGCAGUUGACGCCGGCUCAGUUGCACAGCGACUACGCACUGAAUUGGCACCACAUCUGUCGCGUCAUGACCUCAUAUCCACGGAAGCGCCGCCACGAUGGAGCUCCUUCAACGCGCCGCAUCCCGCUGUUGUGGUUAAUGUUGAGACCGAGUCGGAUGUUGCGAUCACGGUGAAAUACUGCACUUCGAAAGACAUCCCUUUCUUGGCUCAAAACGGGGGCAGUGGAUGGGCAACAACUUUCGACUUAGGCCCGAAUGGUGUGUUAGUCAAUCUGGCACGUUUGAACCAGGUUACCUUCAACGCGGACAAAACUCAGGCUACCAUUGGGGGAGGCUCCAACAUAAGUAAUACGAUCGCCCACAGCUAUGCCGCAGGAGCCCUAAUUGAGACUGGCAAUUGCAACUGCGCGGGUACUCUUGGCGCUAUUCUCGGCGGUGGGUAUGGUAAUUUGAUGGGUUUGUAUGGCUUCGGCGUUGAUAACAUCCUCUCACUACGCGUCGUCACCGCUGAUGGACAGCUUCGCGAUGUUACUGCGUCCUCCUAUCCGGAUCUGUUCUGGGGCCUUCGAGGCGCCGGGCCAAAUCUCGGUAUAGUAACGUCUGCGGUAGUAAAGUCGUACCCUGCUACAGAGAAGGACAUGGAGGCAUGGACAGGUUCCUUGGUAUUUAGCCCCGAUAAGUUAGAAGAGGUCGUCCAGGCCAUCCAAGACCUAGAACUCCAAUCCGAUAUGAACAUUUUCAUGUACUUCAUUUCAGGAGGACUGCCUGCGAACGAGCCGGCUAUUGUUACCACGCCAUUCUUGUACAAGGGUAAUGUAACAUCAGGACGCGCCGCAUUUGCUAGUCUGUAUGCCAUCGGUCCGGAAACAGACAAUACAGCAGUUAUACCAUAUAACCAGUGGAACGCCGGAGGUGAUGCAUUCUGUUCUUUUGGGGGCCGUAAACCAUCCUACGGCGCAGGGUUCCAAAACAUGGUCCCCAAAACUUGGCGUGAGACAUGGAACGAGUAUGUGGAGUUUCAAAAGAAGCCUACUGCCGAAAACAGCGUUGUUCUUCUUGAGGCAUACUCCCUCACCAAGGCCAGGUCGGUGGAUCCUAAUUCGGCCUCUUUUCCAUACCGAAACGUGAAUUUUAACGCAGUGGCCAUACCUUGGUACAAUGACACAUCACUAGAUAGUGAGGCUCAGUCAUUUGGAAACGCAGCACGGGAUCUAUGGCGAGCCACAGAUGGCUUGGCGCAAACUUCGACUUAUAUUAAUUUUGCUCAUGGGGAUGAGGACCUGCAGGUUGUGUAUGGAAGUAGCCUAUCUAAGCUACAGUCUAUCAAGCACCACUACGACCCGAAGGACCAGUUCAGACAGUGGUUCAACAUAAACUGAAAGUUAUAAUGCACGGCUACGUACGGCGAGAGCUGGGAGGAUGUCAGAUAGUGCCCGUGAUGGAUGUCGUAUACAGAGUGGGUGUCAUAGAGGGCUAGUAUGCAGUAUAUUGUAGUAGCCGAAGUGGUGUCAGACAACACUCUCCCGAUCCUGGACCGAGCGGGCAACCUACAGGACAAACAGGUUUUCAAAAACCCUCGCAAAAUCGAAUAA